AUGCAUUGGACAGCCGCCGCCGAUCAGAUUGUAAGAGCUCAAUUUGUCUCGCUUCAGGAUAUCCUAAUACCAGCUAACGUCCUUGCCAUUGAACAGCUCCUUAUCAAGCUUCUCGAAACCCACCCCAUGGUUAUCGACAAUGCCGCGAUCGCCGCAGCAUGGCCUGUAGGGUUCCCAUAUGGGGAGGAAGAGGCCCCAACCGCAAAGGCUAUUCAAGAUCGCAUUUCCAAAAUUCGCGUUGCAACCAGAAAGCCUGGUGGCUUUGACUUCAGCAAGCUGGUCGCUCCCGCCCGAUCGAGUAAGGACGAAGUCACUAAGAUUGUUGCUCAUCCACGAACGCGCAAGCAAACCCUCAGUGCUGCGGACCACAAGGUGAAAGUCGAGGAUACCGGCGACGACUUCCUCUUCCGACCUCAUAAAACAAUGACGACCGACCAGCUGAGAAUGAAGCUUGAGGAUACUGGCGAUAAUAUUCUGAGUCAACUUCCAGAGGAGGUCUCGGUCGAGGCCAAGGACAUCUCCAGGUCCAUGAAGUCUUUGGGGAACGACCAGACUGACGACGAGGGCGGCCUUUAA